CCCUACUUUUUUAUGUAUUCCACGGAUUUUUUCACACUAAUCCAUACCUCGCUUAUUCAAUACUCCGUUCAUUUUUUCUGUAUGGUGCUUCCAAUCGCGGAUUCGCGGUCUAAAAUGGAUCUUCAUUCAAUCCCAUCCACAAUUUUGAGGUUUCAUGUUUGUUUCUGUACGUGAUUACACACUUCGUGCCUCUUGCGCGCGCGUAUAUAUAUGUGUGUGUAUAUAUUUGUUUCAAAUAAUUUUGUCUAGCUGCUUUGGUUGAUGGGUUUCAUGGAUCAUGAAGUCCUUCCUGGAUUGAAUGACCCCGCUCUAUGGGCAACGGAGGAAGACUAUAGAGCCUGGAACGAUGAUAGGUAUGAGCCCCCGAUUAAGAAAUCCAGAAACUCACAGGGCUCAGAAUCUCACGUCAUAGUCCCAAGUAGAUCCAAAGCCAUCGGAAAGCUGUUCUUCAAGACCAAACUUUGUUCCAAGUUCCGUGCUGGGGUCUGUCCCUAUAUCACCAACUGUAGCUUUGCUCAUGGGCUGGAAGAGCUUCGCAAGCCGCCUCCUAAUUGGCAAGAGAGGGUCACUGAUCAUGAGACAUUGGAGCACAGGAUUCCGACCAUGAGUUCCCCCGAAUCACGGGCCGAGUUCCACAGGUCUCACAAGGGAAGGCACUGCAAGAAGUUCUAUACAGAAGAGGGAUGUCCGUUUGGAGAUAGCUGCACCUUCUUUCAUGAUGAGCAGUUGCGGUCCAGGGAGAGUGUGGCCAUUAGUGUGACUCCCACCGGGGGCGACUUCGGUAAUAGUGUGAAUAACCCAACAGCAGUGUACCAAAAGCCAAACAACUGGAAGACAAGGAUUUGUAAGAAGUGGGAAACUACUGGGUAUUGCCCGUUUGGCAGUAAGUGUCAUUUCGCUCACGGGGUAGCAGAGCUGCACAAUAUUGGUAGAGCACAAGGGGAGGGUGAAGGCAACGGUUCUGCUUCAGGAAUAAAUCCAGGGGGAGGAUCCUCAAAGACACCGGUAGAUCUAAAGAUAGCCUCGGCCACAUAUGCUCUCAGUAGUAAAACCUCUGAGAGGAGGAGACCUAUCCAGAAAUGGAAGGGACCUGAUAAAAUAAGUAACAUAUAUGGCGACUGGAUAGAAAAUAUGGACUCAUAGAGGGUGAAACUUGAUCUUGAACUAACGAUCUUAAGUUCUCAAGUUGCGAUUAAAUUAAUAUUUUUUGACCAACCGGCCCUGUUUCUUGUGAGUUGAAGAAAGUAUAGUUGAUAACUUGAUAUUCCUCAUCGUGAGGUUUUAUAACUGUUUUUUGUGUAUGUAGUUUAUGUACCAUGGAGUUGUAUCAGCAAAACAACUGUCUUUUUUUCAUUGAUAUCUAAUUUAGCUUGUGAAAUAAAGUUGAUAGUCCAAAAACA